AGAAGUUUGGGUGCUAAGACACAAAAUGACCUUCUUUCCAUACUGGACAAUCUAAUCUUGGGGACAUAAGCGUAUAUACUGGCAUGUAGGAGUGCUUAAAGUGCUGGCAGUAGAAGGCACUAAGCUUCAUUCAGCAGAGGCUGAGGGAGCGAGAUAAGCCUGGCUGGAGCUCACGUGUUGCGGCCUUCUCCUCUAGCCCUGUGGACGCCAUUAGGAGCUUAUCAUACACUUGUUAACACAGAGAUCUACCAUCUGACCUCAUCAUGUUUGGCUGGGUCGCUGGUUUCUUCACCUAUGAGACGACCAAGUCUGUGGUGGUCAAAAGCUGGUCAGUGGGAAUUAUCAACCGUGUGGCCCAACUCCUCAUCAUCAUUUACUUUGUUGGCUGGGUGUUUGUCCAUGAGAAGGCCUAUCAGGUCCGUGACACGGGGAUCGAGUCGGCAGUCAUGACUAAAGUAAAGGGCUUCGGCUUCUUCAACAACAAUCUGAUGGACGUAGCUGACUAUGUGAUGCCCACGCAGGGUGCCUCAGUGUUCUGCAUCAUCACCGCAAUGGUCAUCACAGCCAAUCAGACGCAGAGGACAUGUCCCGAGGCUGACAAGAAUUUUAACUGCAGCACUGAUAAUGACUGUGAGAAAUACAAGUCCUCAAACUUGGCAAGUGGCAAGAUAACAGGCAAGUGUAUCACUGAGGCUGAACGAUGUGAGAUUUUAGGCUGGUGUCCAGCAGAAGAUGACACCCAGGAGAUAAACCCAAUGAAGGAGGUUGAGAACUUCACAAUCUUUAUAAAGAACAGCAUUCGCUUCCCUCUCUUUAAUGUCACAAGAGGGAAUAUUGGUGAAAACAGCUAUUUGAAAUGUCUGUAUAAUCCCAUUAAUAACCCAGACUGUCCGAUCUUCCGAGUGGCGGACGUGCUAAAGUAUGCUGGCGAGGAUUUCAAUAAGAUCUCACAAAAAGGAGGAGAGAUUGGAAUUAAUAUAGCCUGGAUGUGCAAUCUGGACCAGGAUGUGGAGAACUGUAAACCCAAGUACACAUUCACACGUCUGGACUCUGCAUUUAAAAACAGCCUUGCCACAAAGGGAUACAACUUCAGGUUUGCAAAAUACUUUAAGUCAGAAGAUGGCAAAGACUAUCGCACACUUCAUAAAGCUUUUGCUAUUCGCUUUGACAUACUUGUGUCUGGCAAUGCUGGAAAAUUUCACUUAAUCCCAACAGUAAUUAACGUUGUUGCAGCUUGUACCUCAGUCGGCCUGGCAACGGUCCUCUGUGAUAUCAUCCUGUUAAACUUCCUGAAAGGAGCUAAACAAUACAAGGCGAAGAAAUUUGAAGAGGUUUCAGAUUCCGUCAGUAGGUCUCCAAGUCUUGACCUCCAUCAGGGCAGCCAGAUGACAAUCAAACGGGAAGAGAAGAGCUCAGAUGACUCUGGGGCUUAUUCCAUUGGACAUCAGGUGUGAGUGACGGGACGCCUCGGCAGGAAGGUGGUUGAAAAGCCUAUCGAGAUUUUACUGCUAUCGCCAAAUUCCUCUCCAGAAUCUCAACAUAAGUGUGAUAAUUAUACAAUAAUUAAAUAGCACAUUCACUGAAAAUGAUUGGGACCUUAUUUCAUAAAAUAAUUUUACAUAGACAAGCUGAAUUUCAGUAUGAGUAGGAAUUAUUGGUACCUGUGGUUAAAGAUGAUUUUAAAAAGUCAGGAAAGUAAGCCAUAUUUUUAGCGUUCUCAAACAUUUUGCAUCCAGGGACCAUUUUAACUGUAAAAUAAAUUCCACGACCUUCUCAGUACUGAUUUAUUUUAUGCUCAAACUAUUCAAAUUAUGAUCAGUUAUGACACUGAUAUUAUUACUUAAAUAUCAAGCUUUUAACAAGCUGAAAAUCAUACUAAAAGACUUUGUGAAGGACGGAAAAUCAGGGAGGAAGAUGUAGACCAUAUGUGCUCAUGUACUUUUACCUUCCUAGUGCUUUUGAAAACUGGCAAAUCUUCCAGUGGUAUAGUAAAAAGUACAGGCUCUUUCCAGUUCUGCUUUCAUAACAUCAUUAAAAAAAUUGUUCUGUGUGACUCGACUAUAUCACACUCACUGCUUCUUUAACUAUGCACAUGAGCCUUAUGCUACUAUUACAUAUAGUAGGUCUCUCAUCUCACUGUAUUAUAGUAAGAUGUUUAUUUCUUUACACCAUUCAUGCUAACAUAUCACAAAUCACAAUAACUGCAUGUUCACUGUGGUAUUUUUGCCAUAUUUAAACAUCCAGUCAUGUUAUUUGAUAUUUAAACCUCCAGGCUCUUAUAUGUUUAGGUUUUAUUGAAGAACAUAGACUAAAUAAUAAAAAAUAUAUAUAAGCAACCACAUUUACCAAAUACAUGUAGAACACACUGUAAACAUAAUAUCUGUGUAAAAAAAAAACCCUGAAUAAUACAUUUUAACGUAAUAUAAACGUCACGUGCAUCAUUCCUACAUGGAAGGUCAUAUCAGUUAUAAACAUGCGAUUUUCAUUGUAAUCAAUAGUAAAAUUGUUUUCUUCGGCAUUACACAGUGUUUCAGUUAUUCAUAACUGCAUAAUGCAUAAUUACUAUUUAAAUGAACUACUUUGAAUAUACACAAGUUAAUAAACUAUUUCAUCUGU